CCGACGCGGUGGUUUCCUCCCGAGAAAGCGGGAUCCUCAGGUUCCAGCCGUGCAAGCCACCGCUCAGUCGCGGAGCCGCUUCACUUCCGGGUACGACGUGCACUCAACCGGGACUUCCUAGGACCCGCCUUCCCCCAGCCACGCCUUGGAGUCGCGGUGCGCAGGCGCUUUUGGCCAAACAUUUUCACGCGUGUGUGAGUGCGCAGGUGCGCGUGACCCAGCGGCCCAGGCUUCACGGCUCUCUGACAGCUGGUGCCAGGGGUAGGGACGUUUCCGCACUCGAGGGCCGGGAACUAAGGACAGGCGCCAUGGCCAGUAGCUGCCGCAUCGAAUGCAUAUUCUUCAGCGAGUUCCACCCCACGCUGGGACCCAAGAUCACCUUUCAGGUCCCUGAGGACUUCAUCUCCAGGGAGCUGUUUGACACAGUCCAGGUGUACAUCAUUACCAAACCAGAGCUGCAGAACAAGCUCAUCACUGUCACAGCCAUGGACAAGAAGCUGAUUGGCUGCCCUGUGUGCAUCGAGCACAAGAAAUACAGCCGCAAUGCCCUACUCUUCAACCUGGGCUUUGUCUGUGAUGCCCAGGCCAAGACUUGUGCCCUUGAGCCCAUUGUCAAGAAGCUGGCCGGCUACCUGACCACACUGGAGCUAGAGAGCAGCUUCGUGUCCACAGAGGAAAGCAAGCAGAAGCUGGUGCCCAUCAUGACCAUCUUGCUGGAGGAGCUAAAUGCCUCAGGCCGGUGCACUCUGCCUAUUGAUGAGUCCAACACCAUCCACUUGAAGGUGAUUGAACAGCGUCCAGACCCUCCUGUGGCCCAGGAGUAUGAUGUGCCUGUCUUUACCAAAGAUAAGGAGGAUUUCUUCAACUCACAGUGGGACCUCACCACACAACAGAUCCUACCCUAUAUUGAUGGUUUCCGCCAUGUCCAGAAGAUCUCAGCUGAGGCAGAUGUGGAGCUCAACCUGGUGCGCAUUGCCAUCCAGAACCUGCUGUACUAUGGUGUUGUGACACUGGUGUCCAUCCUCCAGUACUCCAACGUGUACUGCCCGACACCGAAGGUCCAGGACCUUGUUGAUGACAAGUCUCUGCAGGAGGCAUGUCUAUCCUACGUAACCAAGCAAGGGCAUAAGAGGGCCAGUCUCCGGGAUGUGUUCCAGCUGUACUGCAGCCUGAGCCCUGGCACUACGGUGCGAGACCUCAUUGGCCGCCACCCACAGCAACUGCAGCACAUCGACGAACGGAAGCUGAUCCAGUUUGGGCUUAUGAAAAACCUGAUCCGGCGGCUGCAGAAGUACCCUGUGCGAGUAUCUCGAGAGGAGCGGAGCCACCCUGCUCGGCUCUACACAGGCUGCCACAGCUACGAUGAGAUCUGCUGCAAGACAGGCAUGAGCUACCAGGAGCUGGAUGAGCGGCUAGAAAACGACCCCAAUAUCAUCAUCUGCUGGAAGUGAGGCCAGUGGGAGCUGGAUUGGGCAUACUGCUGUGGCCAGUCUCUCCUGCUAUCCCUGUCUGGUAUCUGGCAGCUAAACCAACAAGCCACGGCCAGACAGCCUUGAGGUUGACCUCAAUUCUGUAAAUAAAUUCAUCUGUUUAUUCAA